AUGAAGCCUUUUCAAGGAAUAACGUUUUGUCCAACUGCAAUAAAUAAUGAAAUUUUAUCCAAAAAGAUAUCCAAGAAGAUCAUCAAAUUAGGCGGUAUCUUUUCCAAAGAUUUGACCAGACAGGUAAAUGUUCUAAUUGUUGGGUCUACUACCAAUACGAACAAAUUCAAAUUCGCCGUGAAGCACAGAUUCGACAUCGUAUUUAUUGACAUUCAUGCCGUUAAUGACAUCUAUCAACUCUGGUUAUCUGGAGAAAACAUACUACCCCAAUCCGGCACCACCAGAACGACAGGCGCUACCCAUGGGAUGCUGAAGAUACUGUAUCAGCGAUUCUCUUUCAAGUUUUUGCAGAAUUUCAAUAUUUUCAUCGGUAGAAUAAACGAUACUAGGACAUGUUCCAUUGAUUCGUUGGUGAGAAUCGUCAAGAAAUUGGGCUGUUCAAGUUACAAUUAUCAAAAUUUUGUGAUUAAAGAUGCCGCCUCCCAUAACGACAACAACCAAGACCAAACCGAACAGAUAUCCAUUUUUGUUACGGAUACAUUGUCUGGGGCAAGAGUCAAUGCCGCCAUUGAUCAAAACUUGCCCAUUAUACAUUUCAAAUGGAUCCUAGAUUGCCAAAAGAGGAAUGCGCUGUUGCCAUACGACCCCCAUUAUCUUUUGCCAAAGGUGAAAGACUUAGCAUAUGAUUCCAUCGGCUUAAAUUCCUGCGAUUGUUGGGAUAAGAUUAACCUCACCUUUCCGACAAAUGCAAAUGUCCAGUCCAAUCUACAAUCACAACCCUCUUCUACUACACUAGUUCCCGCUCUCCCGAAAACAUCCUCCCUCUUGAACAAGUUCAAACCGAAGGGCGAUAGAAUUUGGGAUAAGGCCAUGUCUUCACAACAGCAUAGUAAAACAAAUUUUUCUGUACUCGGGCACUUAUCGUCAUCGAUAAAUGAUACUCAUGAAGACUCAGGCGAUAGAGCGACUUUAAUAUUCAGCAACUGCUCAUUUGUCAUUUACCACAGUUUCCCUGCCCAUCAUCGAUCAAUACUAACUAAAAUCAUCAUUCAGAAUGGGGGCAAAAUUGAGACAUCUUAUCUGUGUGGUUUGUACGAUCAUUCUUAUUAUAUCAUUCCAAGCGAUAAAUCGCUUGAUUCCUUCAGUGAUUUACCCGAUAUUGAGGGCGAUGAAGACGCUAUGGUUACAGAAUUUUUCAUCGAGCGCUGUUUGUACUAUCAAAAAUUACUACACCCAAUAGACUCAUGGUCAAGGCCUUUUCUCAGCACAGUAGAUUCUCAAGUUUUGUCUUCCUCAAAAUUACUACAUCACGACAUUUCUCCUUCAGCUUUUUUAAAUGUUACCAUCACUGGAUUCUCUGGCGUAGAACUAUUACAUUUAACCAAAGUUUUGAAUCUUCUAAAACCAAUGGGAAUCAACUAUGUGGAGUAUCUUAAUAAAUCUACCGAUAUUCUACUAAUAAACUUGGCGGCAUUGCCAAGUAUCCCAAAAAACCAUCCGCUAUGGUCCAAUGAAUUUAGUGAUCUCUUUACUCAGUUUGCUAGUAAUAGCACUGAUGAUGAAAGUGAUAAUAAUAACGACAACAAAAAAGAUUUUCAAAAUAGCUCAAUUUUGAGGAAUUCUAUGAAGAGGAAAAUUGAGUACAUCAAAAAAUUCCACUCCAUACCGGUAGUUACACCAGCAUUUAUUUUUAAACUAUUAUCUAUCGCAUCCGAGGAGAAUAAUGAGAUUUUUUUAAAUAAUACCAAGUGGUGUAUUAUCUGCCCAAGAGGGCAGAAGGACGAUUUCAAAUGUAAAAUUAAAAAAUUAAAUCAUAUCAACUCUAUAUCAGAAAAAAAAUACCAAAAUAAUGAUCCAAAAAUUGACAAAACCAUCCUUAUGAAGAGCAACAACUUCUCAUUAUCAGAACACUCUAUAAAAGACACUAAAAAUGAGUUAUUACAAAAAAUCAAAGAUACGGAUGCCGAGAGGAAAAAACAUUCUAUUACCUCCGUUGUCAAGGAGAAGUCCCCAGAAAGACAUAUGUUAGGUAUGAAAAGAAUUAAGUUGGAGUCAUCGCCAAAUAAUCUCGUCCCUAAACCAAUUAAGCGAACUACGAGUUGGGGUACAAUAAUGUCAGAAGAUGUACCCAAAGAUCAGCUUUCUGCAAUUUCCAAUCUAGAAGAAAUGAUGAUAACUGAAGAGCUUUCCCAUACUCAGGUCACAUAUGGCUCCAUUCAAAAUAAGAAACAUGCCGCUUCCUUAGAUAAACCUACAAGGCGUCAUACAAGAAACCACACUAAGGAAUUAGAUUCAUAA